UUCCCUUGUGAUGUCACAUUCUGCCUGACCAAUUAAAUUAUCUUCCGGAUGUGUAUGUCUUGCAGAGGAAAGAAGGGAAACACGGAGAAAACGAUAUCAAAACUAUUUUCAAUUUUGGAAUUAUUAAGCAAUCUUGAACCAAAAUGAAGGAUCCUCAAGUUGAUCCGAAAAGUCUUCAGAGUCUGCGGGCUCUCCCGGUGAGCGAUAGCAAGUUUUCAGAAGUUGCUGGACAAAACAACUUGGACAAAGGUUCAGAAAAGAUAAAUGAUUUGUCUAAGGAUGACGGUUUAAAGAAGGCACCAGUGAAGGAGGAAAAAUCUGACUUGCACCAGAAAGCCAUGGAAAAGGGAGAAGAAGUCAAACAAAGUCCACCAACCAAGGAAGAAGACAACAUUACCGAGAAGAAGGAGGAGGCAAAAGAGGUGGACCUCAGCCGGGAGUUUGCCAAAAUGACUGUAAAUGGUGGUGUCAAUGGCGGCCUUAUUGAUACACCCGACAAUCUGGGUGAUUCCGUUAAAGAGAUUAACACAAUGACCAGCAACUUAUCUCUUGAAGAUGGUGUUAAACUCAAUGGAGAAGUCAAAUCCAGAGGCCCUAGUGGUGGAGUGCCUAGAGUUCAGAUGUCACAACCACAUGCCUUCAAAUCCAAUAACCACUUCGCUUGCCAACCCAACGAUGGAUUUAAGGGAGGAAAACGCACAAUGGAUCAUGAUGAGUUUUCCUAUCAGAAAUAUGGAAAGCCAUACGACGAUUUUUUUCCAAAUUCAGGACUGAAUCAUGAGCUACAGAACAACAUGGAUAUCAAUGCUUUCCAGAUGUCGUACUCCGUUAAUAAAAUGUCAGCAGGAAAAUUCAUGAACACGAAACAUGUGCCUCAGCAAAAUUAUGAGAACCAGCAAGCAUUCAACACUGACCAGUUCCUGGACUCCUUAGGUCAGCAGGACGCCACAGCCAGCUAUGGAGGAAGUAACUUCGUCAGCGAUACCAUGUUUAGUGAUUUUGGCCAAGAUCCCAUGCCAAAUGGGAUGUACAAUCCGGGUAGAAUGCCAAUGAUGCCUGGACCAAACAGCUGUAUGAAUGCCAACUUUAGCAACAAUGAGCUGAACAACCAGAUGAACAAUACAUUUUCCCCAGAACAGAGUUUUACCGAGAGACAGAAUGAGAAAUCAGAUUACAGUGAGACUGAAUCAGACAUGGAGAAGAGUCCCUAUUCCUUCGCCACUAACUCCCCAGCCAGUCAAAUGUCGCUGAACUCACCCCCACCUUCUGUAGACAGUGGAUAUGGUGGAUACGCAGUUCCCAGUCCUCAGUCAGAUAUCAAAUCUCCACAGUCGCACACAGGCACCUCCCCACCUAGCUCUGCCACUAGCCCAAUGCCAGUCCCCCAAUGUGAGUUAGACAAUACUUCAGAAUACAUAGACAAAAAUAUGGACAAGCUGCAUGACGUGUUGGAAAUUCUGGCUAAAGAUCUGAAAAAUAAAGACCCCUCAAAGCCACCGUAUCCAGCACAUCCACCUCCGCAAGAAAAUUUUAAGACUACAGCUUCUGUGCCCAGCCCCACGUCAAAGACCUUCAGCCCACAGCAGGGUAAACCAGUGGUGUCUGCUACCAAAGGUUUCCCUCAAACUUCCAUUGCAGGUUCUCAACCAAACAUGGCAAUGAAUCUUCGGCAUCAGAUUCCAACACAGGCUCCACCUGUGCAGGUACAGCAGAACAUGCCAAACUUGUAUAUGGGCUCCCAGCAACCACAGACAUCUCCAAUGUCCAAAGGUCAACCAGUCCGGAUGCAGUCCAGUUAUGUUCCACAGCCCCAACAAGUUAAUACUAACUGCCUCUCUCCCACCACCCCCACCAGUAAUCAGGUCAUCAUCCUGCCCCCUAACACCAUGAGUCAGUCCAUUCUGAGCCCCACCCCAGGUAUUGUUAAUGGCCAUGGAAUGGUCAGUCACACCAACCCAGGGAUCGUUCACUCCACUCCCGGGCUGGUUCCCAGUCCAGGUAUUAUGAAGCCAGCAGUUACCACCAAUCAGCCAAUCACCACAAACUCAUUUGUCAUCGUUAACAAUGCUAAUGGUGGAUCUCCCAUCACUUCUAUGCCAGUUCCCAUUCCUGCUGGGGGAACCAGUCAACAGCCAAACACGAUCAUCAUUGUGGCACCACAGCAGCCAAUACCCGCUCCAAAACAAGAGAAAGUCAAGCUACGAGAGAUUCGACCCAAGAUCCCUGGCAAUGACAAAGCUGGACAAGCCAAUGGGGUUAGACCUACAGGAAAAAUUCAGGCUAAGCCCCAACCAAAUCCUCAGAUGAACAUGCAGAGAAGAGCAAUGGAGCAAAAGAAACAAAAUUUGAUCAAUGUUGCCAGACGAAUGGUGGCAGAAAUUUCCAGGGAGCAACUUCCAUUCCAAGACGACGAGGGUGACACGUAUCUCCAUGUAGCUGUAUGUAAAACGGACCCCAAUAUGGUGUUGGCUCUGCUGGAGCGACUCAUGCGUGAAAAUUUGUCUCAGAUGAUCGAUGUUGAGAAUAAACACAGACAGACUCCUUUGUAUUUGGCAGUGGUUGCCAAUCAGCCCCAGAUGGUGACCAUGUUUGUCCAGAGAAAUGCCAACCCCAACAGCAUGGCUCAGGUCGUAUCACAAGAUGGAAAGUCCAUGGAGGUCAAGGCCCCAAUUCAUGUGGCAUCGUCCAAUGGAGUGGAGUUUUUAAACACCUUAAACGAGCUGCUGAAAUCUCAGGACUUAUCCCUAAACAUUGCAAACUCAGAAGGUCACACUGCCUUGCAUUGUGGUAUUUUAGCCCACGGCCGUCCUCAGAGAAAUGGGCCUGGUUACAUUAACAGUCUGCCCAUUAUUGAGGCGUUGAUCAAAGCUGGUGCUGAUCCUAACUCACAAGAUAAAAAGAGUGGUAAGACUCCGCUGAUGUACGCUAUUGAAAAGAAGGACUACAACCUUGUGGAAUCAGUGCUCCGAUUGUUUGAACCCUCCAAGCUCAAAAACAUAGUCAAGUCUGCCACGUUUGAUGGUAGUUCAUGCAUUAAAAUUGCUGAAGGACUGAAAAAUGACUAUCAGCCAGAUAUGUGGAAAAAACUGUGGAGCUUGCUAAACAGUGCUUAUAAUGGCCAGAUUCCUGCCAGUCUGCAAGCAUUCUGAGUCGAUGAGGACUGCCCUCACAAAGCAGCUUAAAGCAAAGAUCUUGCAAUUUUCAUAUUCAUUUGUGUAAAUAGACACGACUCAUUACUGAUGUGUAAGUUAUUUGUUGUUCAUUCUGUACAUACUGUGAUCUCAGUCUCAUUCGUUUGUUUUAUAUUCCACAUCGGGAUGGAAUUGAACUGGUGCAUUCUCAUUGAUAAUUGUUCAGACAUGUUUGUGCAGAGCUGGUCUUUUGUUAAACAUUUUGAGUAGUUGUUUUGAUUAAUUUGUUGUCGGAUGUUUAUUUCAGUGCUUGUACAUUCCACAGAUUUGUAUUGUAAAUCAUAAAAAGGAGAAUUUUUUUUUGGGGGGGGGUGUUUGUUUUUUUAAUAUACAUUCUACAAUACAAGAACAUAUUUUUUAUUACAUGUACCUUGGAAUUAAUUUCAUUAAAAACAAAUGAAAUAAGUACUAGCAUUUUAACAUUCUGCACAAUCAAUAAUGAUCCACGUCCUGUCAAGGAAAAAAAAAAGGAAAAAAACCAUCCACUGACUGAAUGUAAUGAUUUGAUUGGAUAUCUGUAGGUAUGACCUCAUAAUAAUUAUUACUACCCCUGAGAAGCUGUAAGAGAGUGCUUACUAAAAGUACUGUAGUAGAAGAUAAAUAAUUGCUACAUUUCUUAAAAAUUGUGGAGAAACAACACCCUCAGGUUUGAGUUUUCUCUUGACUUCGUGAAUUUUUUUCUUCAAUCGUAGCAGAGUAAUUAUUUCUUAACAAUAUGUAGUUGGAUACCAUGACAGUCUGAUAACAGACACAAUUUCUGUAGUCAUUAUUUUCGAGAUCUACUUGAAAUAGGGAAAUAAUGACUGCUCCUUUGCUUUGUAGAUACAUGCAUAUUUGUGUGUCAACAUUUCAUCAUUGCUUAUUUUUAUGUCUUAUAAUUUUGUCCAGAUUUUUUAAUGCUCUGAUGGAAUUAGAACAAAGUCAUAUAUAUAUAUAUUGUUCAGUUGUUAAAAUGCUCUUAAAACUUUAUAUUUGAUGCUGCAUAAAGUGCUACGUGGUCUGAUAUUGAUAACAGAACUAAGUGCUUUGGAUAAGGCCAAAGGUGAAAGUUCAGAGGGAAUUCCCAUGUGGCCUUGACCUUUGUUUUAUAGAUUUGCUUGUUUGUUGUUAUAUGGGUCCUGUUACAGAUAUAUGAUUAUAUAUUUACUUAUUUUUAAAGAGAUAACUUCUUUAUAUUUAUAUUGUGAUUUUACCAAAGUUUCUCCGAUGCUACUGUUCUCUCUUGUACUCUGUAAUUAUAAAGAAAUUGUUCCUCUAAUUGCAAUUUGAUGAGCAAGUAGACACAAUUGUAACAAAUUUAUCAAUCUAUAGAUUUUUUACUGAAACAAAAUAUGAAAAGAAAACUUGGCAUUGCACAGAAUGGUUUUGACAUUUGUAAAUGAGGCAGCAGCAUGAAAUAAAAAAACCCUGAAACUGA